AUGACGCAAAGCUCACGAUGUGCUACGGCAACCUUGCGCACUGUGCAGAGGGAACAAGGUGCCGGUGCUGCCCUCCAAGCGCUUGGAGCCCUCAUGGAGUCCCGAAUGGAGGUGAACGUGUUUCACUACAACACUGUCAUAUCCGGGUGGGCAAUGGAAGGUGAUGGCCUGCUUGCCAGGAAGAUCUUCAGGCAGAUGUGCAAAAGUGACAUUCGACCAACCAUUGUCAGUUAUGGGGCUCUCGCUUCUGCUGUUGGGAAAGACAUGUUAUGGCACCUGAGCAUGGACUUGCUGCAGCAAAUCAAGCCAGCAGCUCUGGAGCCCAAUGCUGUGUUGUUAUCUUCUGCGGCAGCAUCUUUGCAGCAAGGUCAACAAUGGCGUCUCGCUUCGAGAAUGCUUUGCACCAUGAUGAUGCAGGAAGUGCUGGCCAAUUUGAUGCCUGAAAGUGCAAUUGUUGGAGUACAAACCCGUGGACGGUGA